GAGAGCUGCAGGCGAUGCUAGGAAGGGGAGUGUGCGGACUCAGGGCUGCAGCCUGCCCUCUGCCUAUUUUAGUCACAUAUCCACGUUAACUGUGCAGCUUCUCCCCAAAACUGGUAAACUUUCCCGGGACUCCUGUGCUGGUCUGGGUUGCAGAACCAGAACUUACUCUGCUGAACUAAGGAAAUUGUGAGGCUGAGCGGUUUCAACCAAUCAGGCAACAGGACAUCAUAACCACUGAUCGGUAAUAACAUUUGUGACCCGGAAUCGCCACACAAAAAAAAAUGUUUUGAUCUAAACCAUCAUUGAUAAUUUCCAAACUAUUAUUAUGGAUGGAGGUGUAUCACCAUCAGUAUUUUUGAGGAUUACAUCAUUUUGUAAAGAUUAUUUUACAAUAUAUGGUCCAUGUGCUAAAAAUUACCAUGAAGCCCCAAGCUACUUUGCUUUACAUUGGACGGAUGGAGAUAUCAUGUAGAGAUGUCUUGACCAAUUGACCAUCAUUUGUGCCCCUAUGAAAUCUUGAUAUGGACAUCAAAAUUUGCUUGAUUAUCAGUAGUAAAGUAUCUGUUUGCAAGUGUAUGAACUACCAGUGGUGUCCUAAAGGACACACACUCCAACUAUUUAAAGCCAUGGGAGAAAACAUAAGUUUCUGGGAAAGUCUGGUCUAUGGCCACCCAAUAUGUUACAACUGGAAACAAGAAGCAGAAGGAAGUAUUUACCACUUGGCCAGCAUCUUCUUUGUAUUUGGCUGCAUGGGUGGAAGUGGGUUCGUUGGCCUUCUCUACGUCUAUAUUUUCUUUGCCUUAAGUUUUCUCUGCACCUGUAUAUGGGCCUGGUUGGAUGUCUGUGCAGCAGAUGUGUUCUCCUGGAACUUUAUUAUCCUUUCAAUAUGUAUCAUACAGAUUAUUCAUCUUGCCUAUCAGCUAAGAAGUGUCACAUUUGACAAAGAAUUCCAAGAAGUCUAUAAUUCAGUUUUUCAACCACUGGGGAUUUCCUUAACUGUAUUUCGAAAAAUAAUUUCCUAUUGCAACGCAGAAGUGGUCAAUUUGGAGAGGGAACAUUGUUACGCAGUUCAAGGAAAAACACCCAUCGAUAAACUUUCUAUGCUUGUGUCAGGAAGGAUAAGAGUGACCGUAGAUGGAGAAUUUCUUCAUUAUAUUUUUCCUCUUCAGUUCCUGGAUUCUCCUGAGUGGGACUCACUUAGGCCAUCAGAAGAAGGACUAUUUCAGGUAACCCUUACUGCAGAGACAAAGUGUCGCUACAUUACUUGGCGAAGGAAAAAAUUAUACUUGCUAUUUGCAAAGCAUCGUUUCAUCUCCAGACUUUUUUCAAUGUUGAUAAGGGGAGACAUUGCAGAAAAACUAUAUGCUUUGAAUGAAAAGGUUUUUGUGGACAGCGGUGUUCGAUUUGACAUCAGGCUUCCUAACUAUUAUCACAUGACAUUAUCAGAUGAUUCACACCCAACAACACCCAUCAUCCGUGUACAGAACUUCUCAGCAAGGAGACAUGUGACAAAUAGACCGUGAAAAGCUGUACUCUACCCAUAACUUUGUCAUUCCCAGAGCCAAAGGGGCAAAAUGAAGAACAGUAGCAGACAAUCAUCUUCAUCAAUGCAUAUCAAAGUUAACACUGGAUCGAAAGUGCCAUUUUUAUUAUUUGUAACAUAAGACAUUAUUUUUUAAUGUUAUUUUUAUAAGGACAGCACAUUGUCUAUUAAUAAUCUAUGUUACAUUUGGUUUCAUUUACAUGAUCUUUUAUGUUUUAUUUAAUUACAAAAUGUAGUUGCAAGACCAGAUUAGUAAUAAAAAAAAAAACAAAAAAAACAAAAUGUUGCUAAGUAAGUUAAUCAUACUGUUCAGCCAUAAUGUAUAGCACCUUGAUUCCUUGAAAAUGGUUUUACUAAAAUAUAUUGAUGGUUUGCAGCAAACAGAAUAUAUUGCCAUUUACUGUUGGUACUUAUGUGUAUACUCCUUCAUCUUAAAACUUUAGUCAAUAAUGUUAAAUACUUUUCAUGUUUCAUUUAUUUCAUUGACCAAUUAUUUGCCAACAGGUUAUGGUAAGGGUUAUAGGUAACUAGUCCAAUUUUCCUCAGUAAUUUACUUUAUUUAUUUUGGUUCAUAGAUUCAACAAUUUUCUAGCUUUUAAGAUUUGUUUUCAGUUAUGUUUUUUUGCAAAAUGUAACUGCAAGAUAGAAAAUGUAUGUAUUAUGGGUAAAUAGACUUUUUUUUUCAAUUUCACUGUGAUGACUUUAGUUUAAACCAAGAAAAUUGUCUCAUAAACGGAUUGUAACUGUUUAUAGUCUAAUGGCAAAAUGUUUAUUUUGCUAAACUACAUCUGCAAACAUUUUAGAUAAAUUGGCCAUAAAGAAAGAACAUCUUUAUAAAGAUAAUCAUCAUAUUGUAGGAUCUGUAUAAGCAGAAUUUUGUGCUCAAAUCUAGCUGUGACUGUUGACAUUAAAACAAGGGCCCAAAUAUGUGUUAAUAAAUUAUUAGUAGUAAUUAGUUUCUAAAAUGUCCAGAGAAGUACAAAGCUAAAUUCAAUUAGUGUUGGAAUAUACAUUAAAGGGACACUGAACCCAAUUUUUUAUUCCAUGAUUCAGAUAGGGCAUGCAAUUUUAAGCAACUUUCUAAUUUACUCCAUUAUCAAUUUUUCUAUGUUCUCUUGCUAUCUUUAUUUGAAAAAGAAGGCAUCUAAGCUAAGGAGCCAGCCAAUUUUUGGUUCAGACACUGGACAGCACUUGUUUAUUGGUGGUUGAAUUUAUCCACCAAUCAGCAUGAACAACCCAGGUUGUUCACCAAAAAUGGGCCGGCAUCUAAGCUUACAUUCUUGCUUUUCAAAUAAAGAUACCAAGAGAAUAAAAAAUGUGAUAAUAGGUGUAAAUUAGAAAGUUGCUUAAAAUGCAUGCUUCUAUCUGAGUCACAAAAGAAAAAAUGUGGGUUUAGUGUCCCUUUAAUUAAUGUAAAUGAAGGCACAUGUGCACAUAAACUACUUUUUAAUAUACACUAGCUUGUGAAAUAGGUAUAGAAGAACAUUUUGUCCCAAGAUUGUUGAACAGUCAUGUUGCAUAUGACUUAAUAUUAGCAGAUAUGUGAUCUUUCUGUGAUAAAAAUGAUUAAUUUCAGAACUACUCAGUCUGCUUGAGGACAGGAGUCUUAUACUUCUGCAUUACUCUAUAGCGGUAAAACAUUAAAAUCAUACAUCAGCAGUUAAGCACCGCCUAAACAUUGUCAUUUUUGUUUUACAAAUUACAGCCUUUAGCAAAGCAAAAGUAGAUCAGAGAAAUACCUCAUGAAAAGUCUGGUAGAAUCUAUGUUGAUGGUCUGUAUCCAAUUACAGACAGAUGUAGGUGAGAUUUUGCUCUGUGGUAACCAAUCACUGUGUAAACAUUUGCAUUCUUAGAUACAUUUCCUCGCACUUAAUGGAGUCACUUCAACCUCUCUGGAGGGAGUUGAACAAUCUUUUCAGAAAUGUUUUACAGCAAUAGCCAUACAAAUAAAUAAUGAAUGUAUACUGCAGUAUUGUUUUAUUUUCCUUCAUCAAACAUUUUACAGGCAGUUUCAGUGUUGAGUUGAAUGUCUUUUAAAAUAAAUAAACUUUGAACAACCAA